UUAUUACAGUAGUACGAAUUAAAAUAGAAAUAAUAAUUUGUGAAUCAAUUUGCUACUGUAAUGUAAAUGUGAUGUAAUGUGAGUGAAAAAUGACUAAGUUCUGUAUUGUGUGUAAAAAACAGUAUGUUCCUGGUGACUGCAGAAGUACUUUUCAUUGUUUUCCUAAAAACAAUGAACAACGACAGAAGUGGAUGACUGUUCUAAACAUUUUCAAAUAUCCAGUAAAUGCUAGAGUUUGCAGCGAUCAUUUUGAUAGUAAUUCUUAUCACUUACAUAAAGAUAAUAGCAAUCAUUUAAAAAAAUUACUAUCAACGGCUGUUCCAAAAUUAGAAAGAGAAGCUCCUGGCGAUCUUAAAAAUAGACAAACAUGCACUAAUUUAUUACAAAUUUCAAAAGAGACAAAGACUGCAAAUUUAAAAAACAAAAAGGUAGAAUUCGUACUAAAUGUUUGCAAGGCUGUAACAUUAAAAAGAAAAAAUGAUUGUGAUGCUGACGUUAUAGAUCUUAGUGAAAGUAAAAAGUUUUGUGCAGAUGAGACAGGGUGUCAUGCUGCUGCUAAUAAUAAUAUUAUUACAAAUAUUAAAUCUCAAAAUAAAAACGAGCAAUGCUGCGUUGCUGUGAGCGAUAAUAAUUUAAAAGGAAAAUGCACAACUCUUGAUUCACAAGUGCAUGAAAGAGAAAAGUUAUGUUUUGUAAAUAAUGCUAUUAAUAUACCGCUUUUGGAUAAUCAUUGUAUAUCAGAUCACGAUUAUUGCUCAAAUACAAAAGAAAAUAAAAAUAACAAUUCAAAGAGGAAAAUUUCUACGAGUGAAGUUGACGAGAUACUUAAUCCAAAUAAAAAACUGCGUUGGAAGGAUGGCCAAAACACUAUCUAUUUUACAAAACAAAAUUUUACAUCUGAUGAAGCUUGGAACAAUUUUAUAAAGUUCACUAUCAGAAAAAAGCAGCAAAUACUAAAUUUACAAACGAAAGUGAGAAGAAAAAAUAAAAUUAUAAACAGCUUGAAAGAUGUUAUUAAAGUUCUUAAAGAAACAAAAGGAGCAAGCAGCAGCAGAUUAUCUACAGGUUUUUCAUAGUUGACGACACUAAAGGAUAUCAUUCAGUUUGCCGAAAAAAUUUUGUGGCGAUUCCGAAAAGAUAUAUUGAUAAAUACAACGCUCUGCAAAACAAAUCUACCAGAUAUGUUGAUGUGACACCAGUUGCUUCCACAUCAUCUGCAAGUGUCUCGGGUAAGUGUAAUAUUUAAUCAUUUCCAAAAUAGUUAAUAAUCGAACAUAGUAAACAGUUCAGUAUAGGAAGUAAUAAUUAACUGACGACAAAUUCAUAUUUUUUCUAACGUUCUUUUUGAUCAUACUUGAUUUUGUACAAAGAAAUAAUUUUUAAAAUGAAAAAAUAGUAUAUUAUGCAACUAGUGCGGAAGGUUGUCGAUUACCAGUUGUCGAUUCCUCUCCACAAAACAAUACUGAAAAAGUUAAAAAAAUUUAAGUAAAGGGUAUAGCCGGAUAAGUAUGGGAAAUCUGCCCCCGUGGCUUUUUUGACUCGCACUUAGGGGAUCGAUUUGGUGUCGAAUAAAAAUAAUUCACCCCAAAUUUUAGCUCUUUUACUCAAACGGU